UCGGAAAACGCCAAUGUGCCCCGUCAGAGCUGGUUCAUCGAACCAGUCGUACGUAUUCUUGCGUUCUUGCGGGUGCCCGCGGACACAGAAAGUGAAACUUGUUCUGCUGCCCCAAAACAGGUUAACACUACCGAAGAUUGGCGCUUCGAGGAAGGAAAACCUGCUCGCCGGCAUUAUCCGGUAUUCUGCAACAAAAGAUGCAUUAUAAAUAGGUCAGUCCGGAAAAAUGGCAAAGUUAGUUCCAGUUUGACUGCCGUUUGGCGAAUAUCAUCUCCAGCAAGAACUUUUGCCCAAAGUGUUUUGUGUGCCGAUUGUAACAGAUACGAUGGUGCCAUCGACAGCGCGCAGUGUCACCUACGUGGUGUGCUUGAUACUGGUUGCCACCGCAGUAAACAGUGCUCCGCAGAAAAAGUUCCCUUUCACAAAGCCACGUUUGGCCAUACCGGAACCGGAUAAGACGAAACCUCAAGGAGUGGCAACAUCCAACGAAGCUGCAUCGCCGGAAGCUAGCGAAGAGUCGUUGGAGAAGAUUCAGGCCAAAUCCGCACAAUACGCGUAUGACACGUCCGUGAAUGAUACGAUCAACGAUCAUACGAUCAUGCGCAAAGAGGAACGGAACGGACUCUCGCUGAAGGGCAUGUACUCGUACAGUGACGGAUUCUUCAAGCGUACCGUUCACUACGAGGCCGACGAUAAGGGUUACCGUGUAGUGAAGGAGCUUAACAUCCCGAUCGGUAAUGGACCGCAGAUCGAUCCGAAUGGAAAGGCUGAUGUCUCAUCUUCAUUAACCGGGUCGUACUCAAUCACUGCCGAUGAUAUUGCCAAACCGAAGCGCAAGGUAGUGCCGGCGUCGGAGGAAGCAGUGGGUUCAUCGGAAGAAGAACAGCCAGAGAAGGAUGAAACUGAAUCGGAUGAAGAGGAGAAUGAAAAGUGAAGGAAUUAUUUUUUCGCUGUUAUUUCCUGCAUUCGGUCCGGUUAAUGUCAUGCAAUAAAAAAUCACAUGUUAUUUAUGAUCAAAUCAGAUGCCCUCCAACGGGUGUUGAACGACAGUGUUCAGUUUUAUCAAAAAUAUAAAAAAACGAUUUGAGCUGAA